UGUUUACAUGGCCGUUUCAAGACGUGUGGGCUUGUUGUCCUUAGGACAAGAUUAUGUUUUGGACUUUUGCAGGCCUUGUUCUAGCUCUACUAUGCUUAGGUGUAAGUGGAUCACAGUCUCUCCGUGAUGUGCAAUGGCUUCGUUGCCGUUUUAUGGAUGAGAAAGUUCAUCUAAAUGAAGAGGGCCACGUAGAAACUGAGUAUAUCCACAGAGAGUCUGUACUUCAGUUUGGUAAAGAUGGAGACAGUGCUUUACACCCCGCCAUUACCUUGCUCGUCACAGGCUCUGAAGUGGAUAUGAGACAUUAUUUGGAGGGAAGUGUGGAUAUGAUACAAUGUGAGAUCCGUAGAUACAGCACUGGAGGGAUAGUAAUGCGCUGGCCUGUUGCAGGAGCACAAGAGUAUGACGUCUGGUUCACCUGUACAUUACGUCAUACACAAGGAUUGGUCAUCACCACCUUCCUCAGACACACACCUGCAACUCCUGCUCAGGGAAAAUUGGACUUUCUACAGUGGAUGAAAAUCAGUGAUGGGGAUCUUCUGACAACAUCAGCUGCAAUGGUUGUUUUGACCCGUACACCCUCUGUUGAGGUGGGAUUCUUAAAGGAGCCAGAGCUGCACUGUCAGUUUGCAGUGGAUGAUAAACUGCCUAAAGUAACAGUGGAGUGGAAACUGCAGCGUCAUGGCAAGCACAUAAAGCUUUUUAGCUACUCCAGCCUCACUGGAAAGAGUGAAGGCAGUGGAGUGACUGUGAAGGCCAUUGAAGGUGGAAAUGCAUCACUUAAACUUCAGCCUACCAGAAAACGCAGUGAGGGAACGUAUGUCUGCUCUGUGAAGAUUCCUCCACUCAACGGCAGCCAUGAUAUUCCUCUUAGCAUAAGUGAACAGCCUCGUGUGUCUCUUAAUGUACCCGACGCCUUGUCUAUGGCAGCUGGUCAGGACAAGAAGGUGAUCUGUGAUGCAGAAGGCUACUAUCCCCUGGAUGUAAACAUUGAGUGGUAUCUUGAGAGACACAGAGAAAACCCUAUGCCUUCGUUUCUGAGUGUUCGGCACUCCAGUCAUCGACUUAAUCAAGAUGGCACAUAUUCGAUCUCAGCUUUCCUCUAUCUAGAGCCUGGCUUGGAGAACUCUGGUUAUCAGUACACCUGCAGUGUUUCCCAUAAGUCUUUGCUCAACCCAAUCAAAAAGAGUUUUUUCCUUAUAGUUACAGAAACUGACUCUACUAUAUGGUAUUUUACAGUCAUUGGGUUUAUAUUGUCCAUGCUGUUAAUGAUGCAUUAUGUUCCACGUUUUCUUGCAGGUCGAAAAGCAGCAAAAAGAUUAAGCUCUUAUCUGGGGAUUUAAAGUACAGCAUUGCAGAAAUUGACGUCACAUCCCUCCUUUCCUACAUCUGCCUCUCAUCCUGAUUGCCUCCUGCUGCUGCCUCCACAAAGAUCCGGUGAUCUACAUGUGAAAAUGGGGAGUUUCUGACAGGUGUUAUUUCAGAUAUGGACAUUUAUGCAGGCCCGUAGCCAG